ACUGGAUUCAAUCUCCUCCUCCUCUGUAUGUGUUGAAUGGGUCUGCAGUAUUGAACUAGCUCCUAGACAUGCUGUUCCACCCACAAUUGUUCAUGGGGGUUACAGUAGUUAAGAGACUUUAUGAAAUUGUUGCAGGGAAGGAAGGCAGAAUAGAUAGAUCCAAUAUCUCUAAUGAUUUUUCUUAGCUCUUAAGGCUGUGAGGCAGACAUAGUUGUGCCAGGACUCCCCACACCUAGCUCCAGAGACUUCUCCCAGCCCUACUACCCAAGUCACAGAGCUGGGAUUACACUGCUGCAGGUGGGAGCUGUUCCUAACAGUUUCCUCUGGAGUAAAGAAGCAGAAACAACAUCUAAAAGGCUGAAGAGAGCUCAGGAGAUAUCCAAGAAGGUUAUCAUUGCUGCAGUAAGACUUGUGCCUGGAUGCUUGCUAGAACUACACGUGUAUAAGAGGUUGGGGGUCUGCAAGAAACACUGCUGUCAUAUAUAAACUCUUAUCAGAGGGGGUUAAACAGUCUUGCUUGAUGGAUGUUACAGUAUGUUGGGGUACUGGAGAAUUCUAUUGAGAUAGGACUUGUUUCAGCACCCUGGACCUACAAGGAGUCGACAGCUACAGAACUGGAAGCAGCACUCCCACAAUACCUCCAGUCUCCUUCUCCAGUCCCUGGGACGACACAUUCCGCUGUUGCUCAGAAAGACGAUUGCAUCAAGGGACCAGAGCAGGACACCAGAGGCACUGCAGGAGCGCUGGAGAUGUUAAACUGUUUUCUUGUGUGCCUGGGGGGAAUCAGAAUUUUGAAUGAAGGAGAAUGAAUAAAAGAUAUCUGCAGAAGGCAACAAAAGGGACAUUUCUUAUAAUAAUAUUUAUUGGAACUCUUUGGGCAAAGUUAUCAAUUGGGGCAGUUCAUCAAAGAGCUCAGCAUGUUAAAACUGGAACAUGCGAAGUUGUGGCUCUUCACAGAUGCUGUAAUAAGAACAAGAUAGAGGAAAGGUCACAGACUGUAAAGUGUUCAUGUUUUCCAGGACAAGUGGCAGGAACAACAAGAGCAAUUCCAUCUUGUGUAGAUGCAUCAAUAGUAGAACAGAAAUGGUGGUGUCAAAUGCAUCCAUGUCUUGAUGGAGAGGAAUGCAAAGUCCUUCCAGACCAGAAAGGAUGGAGUUGUGCCUCAGGUAACAAAGUAAAGACCACAAAGAGUGUUCUUCUAUGAUCCAUAUAUACACAUACAAGCCUGUCAUAUAUGCAGACAAAGAUACCAAUUUCCUGGUGGCAGAGGGGAAGUAACAAUAGAGUUUCUUUAAAAGUAAAACAUAAACUUUAUUAAUUACAGAACCAAAAAAUAUACCCUAUAAAGUCUUUCAAAAUUCCACUACCCUGUCUUCCUAUAUCAUCAGUAGGAUCAAGUGCAGGCUAUCUGUUCCUGUGUCCAUGUAAUAUGGAAUAUAGAGUAUCUUAACUGCACAUCGCUGUGCUGGACUGUCUUAUCCAUUACUGUUGAAUGUUGUCCUGCAUCGUCCGCAGAAGGGGCUGCAAGGCUGAGCUGAAGUCUGCUGCUUUACUUUAAAUCCAGAAGUGGAUCCAUGAGAAAGUAGAAGUAAAAACACUCCCCUAUAUUUUCCUUUACUUAUGAAUCCACAACUGGCUUUGGCUCAAAAAUUUUUUUUUCAAAAAUAACUGCCAAGUGGAAACGCAGCCUUUGGGUACGUUCAUAUACUGGUAACUAGCAGUGUUUUUCCUGCAGUGGGAAAUCCACCGCAAGUUACGAUACAAUUCAUUCGAACGGGUCCGCUGGCACUCUGCAAAUCUGAAUCUAUUGUGGAUUGUCGUAACUCACAGUGGAUUUCCCACAGCAGGAACGCGCUGCUAGUUACCAGCAUGUAAACGUACCCUAAAGCAGCUUAUUCUUAUUUACUGUUUUCUGUAUAAGUGUUUCCGUUUCCCUUCAGUUGCAGUCAGUGGCUGCACUAUUGUAAACUAUAAAGAUUGUGCUUGUGAGUCAUUUAUGUGGUGCGAUUAUAGGUCAUUUGGUCAAAAUAACAUGUAACUAAAAUUACAAUGUGUAAAUCCAUCCUUGUUCGGUGAAGGAAAAUUCCUAAUAAACAUGUGAAUGUGGAAACAAGACUGUAGUGUUGUUCCUUUGAGGCAUAUGACAUGAUUGUGGUGCAAUUAUGUAAUUGUGUAAUAAGCACUAGAUCUCAUGAGAAUGGUAAUGCAGCUGAGAAUACUAAAAGGCAUUGUAUGUGGCCUUUCAAAAUAAUAUUUUCUUAUUUACUCAGCAGACAAAAAUAUAUAUAAUAUCAUGUUUAACAAGCUCUGUUAAAAAUUGCUAAAUAUUAGAUAUAGAGAAGGUUUUUGUUGGUGUUUAUAUAAGCUUCAAUUGAAUCUAGUAAAAAUUGGUUUGACCGGUAGAAGAAUAAACAGAUGAAUUUCCCAUAGGAGCUCAGUCUUCAGCACUUUCAUCACCAUUUUGCUUAUUAAAAUGAAGUAUUGUUGUCAAUGUGUGAUGUUAACAAUAGGUUUCAUCAUUAUGAGAUAAUAAAUAUUACCAAGUAAAAUAAAGAAAAUAACUAUUACAAUUAAACAAGACUGCUCACACUAGCACCAUGGUAAUUGUUUUAACAGAACAGAGGCAAUUAUGAUAAAUAUGUUUUUACUCCUAAAAUUUCAGUUGAAUUUCCGGUGUCAAUAUUUAAAAAGUAGUGCUGCAGACUCUGCUAUUCUUGUCAUCAAAAACACUAGAAACCUAAAGAAAAGAUUGCCAGUGCCAAUGUAAACAAAGCCUAAGUUCCCAUUUUAAUUUCUUGUGAUAACCUUUAUCCAUUAUUAUACCUUCCAAUCUUUAUCUAUUGUUAUACCUAGCUAAGGAGGCAGUAUGGAAGCACAGGUACAAGGAGAAAAACACCUUGGGGGAAAUUUAUCAAAGCAUUUAGUAGAUUUUUUUUGCUUAAAAUUGUCGCAAAAAAGUCGCACGUGCGACUACUCUCUUUUUUCUGUGACUUUUUGAUUGUGCAGUGUCCUAAGCAAAAAUUAAAAAUCUUGCUUACCAAAGCAUAUAGAAAGACAAGAAGCGCUCCAUAGUGCAUUAAAAGGGUAAUACAGCUAAACCGAUAUUAUCGGAAGCGCUUACCCGGUAGGUUGUGCUAAGUCACCCAGGCACAACACUGAUAAAAGGUAAUCAACAAUGCAGCCAAUCCCAACACCGUGACGGUGUAGCAAAUGCACCCAAACCUCCAGACUCCACAGGGA